AUGAAUCAAUUCCAGUUAUUUCCACCUUCAGCACCUGAGGUAAAGCGGUCUAACAAUCCAUUUCGCAAAGCUGCAAAGAAACCAGUAGCCACACCUGAACCAGCCUCUCCAAUUCCUCUUCAGGAGAUCAAAGAUCCUGGCAAGACUGAAUCUUUACUGCUUCAGAUCAUCGAAGAUACUCAGGUUAUUCCACCUCCACCGCCAGUGAAUGCCUCGAGAUCCAAAUCCCCGCCAUCUGUGGCGGGGGCAUCCCAUGAGUCGAGAUCUCCUCAAUCCAUGCACAGUCAAGAUCGUCAAGCCAAGAGAGUGAACCAUCAGGCUCUGCCUUCACAUGGUAGCCAAAGCAGCAGCAGUAGCAGCAGCCACCACACUACAACGUCAGCCGCCUCCCCCGCAGUCAUCGCAGUCAUCUGCCUCUUCAAUCCCGAUGAGAUCAAUUUUGAUCCAAAACUGGCUUUCAAUCAGCAGGCAUAUCAUCCACAGCUUCCAGAACCACCACGACCCGUCAAGUCUUCCCGCAAACUACCUCCUAAGCUCACGCUGUCGACAAAUACGGAGAUUGACCAUGUGCUCGGGCCAAAGACUGUGCCUGCGAGUGUGCUCAACUUCCCAACUAGCUCUUUGGAUACAGAGGAGGUCACCUACUCAUCCAUGGAGGAACUGAAGACACUAUGGGAAACAGCCAAUGGCCAGAGAACGCGAGAUCUUGUUGGAACAUUGAACCUACGCAUGACAAAAACAGGACCAGCAACAUUUACCCUCGGAAACUCCCAGAACCCGUUCUACACACUACAGACAUAUUCAACCAACGAACUCGCCCUAAGCAGAUGCGAUCCCUCCAGGCCAAACCACGACGUGCCGAUCAUGAUGAUGAGCCUCGAAGAUCGUAUACGCCGCGAGCAUCCCAACGACGGGCUGGUGACCCUCCUCUUCUCUCGACUAGCAGCUAUGUUGGCAAUAGAUCAGGCCGAGGAGGUCAGCAAGCAACACCACCUCACCCCCGCCGAAACAGCAGAAGUCGAAACCGAUGCACUCAAGCGGGCCGCAGCACAAGAAUCUUGCCGACUCUCUUGGAAUCGUCAUCGACGACUAUACGAGCUACGACACCCCUAUCUGUCAAUGCAUAACCCGCCCGCUCUUGUUGGCGCUGCCGGGAUCCCCCUCUCACCCGUGCGGUCCCAGUCUUCAGGAAUGGUGCACAUCACAGUCUCCAAGCCUUCGAGCGACGCCUCUCCCCGGCAGCCACCAACAAUCAUCGUAACUGGCCCGGUGUCUUCCACGGCAAUGGAAGCUGCCCAGCAAGCUGCGAAUCUACGCACGUCCGUACUUCCUGUCACGGACUUCGACGAGCCGCUGGCAUCCUUGGACUUCGCUACAAAGACGCUUUCGAUUUCCCCAGCCGCUGUAAUCGCUACUAUUCCCUCUCUAUACGCAAUCGACUCUCUCGUCGCUGCAAUGCUGGCAGUUGCCGUCUCAGACGAAGCCACGAACCCUAUCCUUGCAGACAUGGUUCUCGGAUCACCAAAUUCUUCCAGACCACCAACCUCCCAUAACCCCGGACCUUACUCAAUGCCCGUGUUCCAGGGUAAACUGAUUACAACAGUUGCUGAGCGCGAAGACGCAGAAGAGAGCAUGAACUUGGCGUCACAGAUUAAAUCUGCACAGAAGAAGUCCAAAGACGCGUCUGGAAAGAAAAGUGCUUUCAAAUUUUGGAGUCGAUCACCUUCCAACCAGCAGGAAGAUAAUCGGAGCUCGAAAAAGAAUAAAAAUCGACAGAUUGUGGUCGAGGAGUUUGAUCUGGAGAAGUAUGGUCGAUACGGGAACACAUCGUCGCGAGAUGGGAAGAAGCUGCCUGGGAUUACCCGCACUAUCUUGCGUAUAUUGUUCUUUGGUUUGGAUCUUAUUGUCAAGGGAUUGACGCUCAUUGUUAAGAUCCUGGCUUGGUUGUUGGUUAAUUCGACGCGUUGCGUGACCAGUGAAAAGUUUUGA